AACUGUCUCAGCUGGUUGGCCCUUUCCGGAACGUUUCGCUGUGUUUACACUACCGGAGACAGGAGGCCGCGGCUCCUUCGACGUUUCACUAGCAGAAAAACUUUCAAUUGGAAGCUUUAGCUGUGGCAGUAGAGUCGAAGUCAGACAGGUGAUGAGUUGAAGACUGAAGGCUGGCUGAUUGUUAGGGACCAUGGAGGAUGACUGCAGGCCUCUGCUGGGCCCAGAUCCCACUGGGGACAGCCCCUCCCACAGAGGCUCAGCUGGGUCACUGGACAUCAGAACUAAACGGCCUUUCUAUGUGGAGCCCAGGAACAUUGUAAGUAAUGACCCUCAGGAGAGGAUCUCUGCUGAGGCUGCCAUCCUGAACAGUAGAGUCCAUUACUACAGCAGACUGACAGGGUCCUCUGACACAAUGCUGAGUCCUCCAAACCAUGUGAUCCCCACUCCAGAGGAGAUGUACGUCUACAGCCCUCUCGGGAUGGCUUUCAAGGUUCCAGACAGCGAGCAGGCUGCUAAGAACCCCAGCAUUGUCACCAUCUUUGCCAUAUGGAACACCAUGAUGGGGACAUCCAUACUCAGCAUACCGUGGGGUAUUAAGCAGGCUGGUUUCACUCUGGGAAUUAUCAUCCUCAUCUUCACUGGCCUGCUAAUGCUGUACUGCUGUUACAUUGUCAUCAAAUCACCAAAGGCAAUUAGGGGUGUGGACACAUCCAGCUGGGAAUUCCCUGAUGUUUGCAGGUUCUACUUUGGAAAGCUUGGCCAGUGGUCCAGCUUGGUCUUCUCCAUGGUCUCUCUUGUUGGAGCCAUGGUGGUAUACUGGGUCCUAAUGUCCAACUUCCUCUACAACACUGGGCAGUUCAUCUACAACCAUGCUCACAACGUCAGCACAUCCGAUUCAGAGUAUGGAACCAACGGCUCUGAUAGAGUUAUCUGCCCAUACCCUAAAACUCACCCUGGAAGAAAUGACUCCAUGACCAGUCUGUGUGGCAGCUCCUCUGGGAAUGACUCGUCUGGGAGCAGCUUUGAUCACUACUGGAGUAAAACCGGCACCAUCCCUCUCUACCUCAUCGUCCUGCUGCUGCCACUGCUCUGCUUUCGCUCUGCCUCUUUCUUUGCCAGGUUCACUUUCUUUGGCACUAUAUCAGUCAUCUAUCUGAUUGUGCUGGUCACAAUCAAAGCUUCCCGCCUUGGCUUCCAUCUAAAGUUCCACUGGUUUGAUCCGUCCAAGUUCUACGUUCCAGAGUUCAGGCUGUUUUUUCCUCAGCUGACUGGUGUGCUCACCCUGGCCUUCUUCAUUCACAACUGCAUCAUCACAUUGAUGAAGAGCAACAAAAACCAAGAAAAUAAUGUAAGGGACCUGUCCUUGGCUUAUCUUCUUGUUGGAGGGACAUAUAUGUAUGUGGGCGUGUUGAUCUUUGCUGCCUUUCCCUCACCUCCUCUCUCCAAAGACUGCAUUGAACCAAACUUUUUAGAUAACUUCCCCAGCAGUGAUGUGAUGGUGUUUGUGGCUCGAGUGUGCUUGCUGUUCCAAAUGAUUACUGUCUAUCCUCUGCUGGGUUAUUUGGUACGAGUCCAGAUUAUGGGUCAGCUGUUUGGAAAUCAUUAUCCCGGUUUCAUUCACAUUCUUGUGCUGAAUAUUCUCGUUGUUGGAGCUGGAGUUCUAAUGGCCAUGUUUUAUCCCAACAUUGGAUCUAUAAUACGAUUUUCUGGAGCAAUAUGUGGACUGGCCUUAGUGUUUCUACUUCCUACUUUAGUCCACAUGUUCUCCCUGAGAGAGCAGGGGAGACUCACCUGGCAGUCAGUUCUUUUCCACAGUUUCCUCAUCGUUCUGGGUGUGGCCAACCUGAUGGCUCAGUUUUUUAUGUAGAAAACAACUAGGCAAUAAUUUAAAGAUGAGAAAAUGUAAUGGAAGAUUUAGCUGCUACCACCUAACUGGUGUGGUUUAAAUAUCUGCACAACAGGCUCCAAACAUACAGUAUGCAAGCAUUUACAUACAUAUUUAUUUCAAUAUGUACUUCAUAUUCAAAUAAAUGUAUAACCAUUAGUUGUUUGAACUUACAUUGAGUAAAGAAUGUUUUGAACAUGUCAAUAUUUUCUCUGUUUAAAUAUUUCUAAAAUGGCCAUUGGCAGAGUUUAGGAAUAGCCCAAGUAAUCCACACAUAUGAAGAAAUCAAACAAAUUAGUCCACAAAGUCAGUUAUGAGUAAACAAAUGGAUUGAAACGGGGAACAUGUGAAGAAUAGCAUCUUCUACAUAUCUCUUCUACAGAUAUCUCUCUUCUACAGAGAGAUGUAGAAGGCCAAGAAAGUAGCUCAAAUCUGUGAAUAUUUAGGAAAGAUUUCUGCUGCUGUGUACAAAUCUACGUAUAUCAGAUGAUUAACUGGUAGCCUUCAAAAAGUUUUUUUAUAAUGAAAAUAUUUUACAGUUGCUAUCUGGAGAUUACACACAGUUGCACAGGAGAGAGGUGGGGUCACCUUGAACAGGUCACCAGUCCAGCACAGUACAAACAAUCAUGCACACAUUCAUACCUCAUGAGAAUUUAGACAGACCAGUCAACCUAAACAUCAUGAUUUUGGACUGUGGGAGGAACCCAGAGUACCCCGAGAGAACCUACGCAUGGACAGGGAGAACAGGAAGAGUCCAUGCCGGGAAUCGAACCCAGGACCUUCUUUCUGCAAGGCAGCAAUGAUACGAACUGCUCACACACAACAAAAAGCAUACUGUUCCUAAACAUAGUCAUGGCAGUCAGUGGUUACAACUGCAUCCCCCCCCAAAGGUUUUAUUGGCUCUAGUGGCCUUUAUUUGACAGUAAAUUGGGUAUUUAGAGAAGGGGGAAGACAUGCAGCACCGGGAAUCGAACCUGCGACAGCCGCAUCGAGGGCUAAAGCCUCUAUAUGAAGGUUGUGCUUAAUCCCUGUGCCAUCUCAACAUCCCACAGCUGCAUUUUUAAACUUCUUAAACUUCCUAGUGAGCGCUGUUGGAAUUAUUAUCCGAAAGUGGAACAAACAUGACUUCACCACAAACCAGCCAGGCGGCCCAUUUAAGGUUUCUGAAAGAGGAGUCAAAAGAAUAACUAGAAUUGUCCAAGAGCCAAGAACCACUUGCAGAAAGUUGCAGGUGCAUUUUCUCCAGGUAAGCAUAAGUAAUGCCUUUAUAGCAAUGGCUUCUAUGCACAGUGACUGCACAAGACGUCACCCCGGAAGAACGUCUGCUGCAGAAGAUUUGGACAAGUGUGCAAAAUUCUGAGAAGACAGUCUGGUCUAAUGAGGCCAAUGUAAUCGCUCACAUCAAGUUUAAAGAAAGAAUGGUUCUGUACAUCACUCUGGAAACACCAUGCAAAGGUGACAUUAGCAGGUGGAAACAUCACAGUGUGGGCUCUGUUACAGCACCUGGUUCUGGGAGGCUUCAUAUCAUGCAAGGAAAGAUAGAUAGAUUUACUAGGAAAUUUUUGAUAAGAAUGUGAGAAUGAAACAAAUGUUAAUUUGAAGCAAGUUUCAAACACAGCCAAGGAAACUCUUAACUCAUUUCUGAGAAAUAAAGUAAAACUGUUGGGAUGGCUCAGUCACCUAUCUUAAAUGAAAAUAUAUGGAAAUAGCUGAAUGUGCAAUUAAAGGAACCCUGAAAACCUUUAAGAUUUGGAGACAUUUUGUCUGAGACAAUAGGUUCCAUUCCAUGUUUCAUUCUAUUUUUUUAGUCAUUAAAUUCACUGGUGGAUUUAUUUGCUCUGAUUAUGUUAGUGGAUUGCUUGGGUGGGGGUUGAUGCUGAUGGUGGUCUGGUGUUAAUUUUAUCUCAGUGUCCCCAUUAGAACAUUUAAGCUGAGAAAAAUGUUGACAUGUUUAAUACUAAUUUUACCAGCCUCAUUUUAAUUCAGGCCAACCUUUGUUUAUUUGACUUUGCUUAUGGUGACAUUGGAAUGAGAUUUGUUAUGUGUCAGCUGAUUCUGACUAUCACCAAACUUUUUGUAGAGUGAUCUUCAUACAGCAAAGUGCCACACAAAGCGCUAUACAGAGAUUAAAAACAGACAGAUGGACAUGAAGGCACAAGAGACUCGUACAUUAGAAAAUAUCAAACUAAUCAGACAAAUAUAAUAAAGAUAAAGACUCCAGGGAAUAUGGACCUCAGGGGAAGCAGUUGUGUAGAUUAGCAGGAAAAGAAAAUGUAUAAAUAUACAUAAAAUAAUCAUAAACUAAAUGGUAAACUGAUUUGAGAAAAUACCAAUAUAGACAAAAACAUUACAAUAACUGCAAAAAUGUUAACUUAUAUAGAAACAACAAAGAACAUAUAGAUACUUGUAAUGUACUUGCAAUAAUUAAAAAUAAUAAACUUUAAGAGAUGACAAAUAUAAGCCAAAACCACCAAACUGAAUAGAUGUCUUUAGAAUGCUGUUCAAGACGUCCAAGCUCUCAGCUGGCCUCUGAUCUUCAGGCUUGGCCCACAGUAGACGGCCAUAACGAUGCCUCACCUUGUGAUUUAGUUCUCACUGUAGGUACCAGCAGACGACCGUUUUCAGAAGACAGAAGCAGUUCUCAUAAGUGGGGUGGACUACAACAUUACGGCCAUUACGUUUUAAAUACCACUAAGAAUACCUUAAAAUCAAUUCCAAAAUGCACACCAACUUUAAUUGCAGACUUUAAAGUUGCCGUGAUGUGAGCUCAGCUUCUGGUCCUCGACUAGCAGAGUUCUGAAUUAGCUGUAAUAGAGCUAUUAUUUUUCCAGCAAGAUCAGGAAGCAGAGUAUUACUAUAAUUGAUUAUACCAGCUGUAAAAGUGUGAAUCAAAGUUUCUGUAUUGGAUUAUUAGAGAAAUAGUUACAGUCUUGCAAUGUUCCUCAAAUGAUAAAAAUGUGUUUCUGGUGACAUUCUUGAUAUGGUUUCUGAAACCAUAGUUUGAAUCAAAUAUGUUUUUCAAUUUUGAUGAAGGAAAUUCUCAUAAUUUAAUAUG